CUCUUCUUCUUCUCCCCUGCAGCCGACCGAAGCUCCCCUAAGCCACCGACUUCCUCUUCCUUUGAAAACCGGUAAAAAGGCUUGAAAUUUCUCCUUCUUUCUUGUUCAAUCACAAGAUUCGGGGCUUAGAAUUCUCUCCCUCAACCCAGAAAAAAAUCCCGGUUCUGCUCUGCUCUUCCUCCCCUGUCCGUCGGGUUCUGUUGGGUGUGAAUCCUUCUGCUUUUUCUGAUUUGCUGCCGGCCUUCCCCCAAACCCGCCAGCUCCGGCCUUGCUUAUUGAAUUCCAGUAUGGACAGCUCCUCCAAGUCGAAUUUAUCAAUUAAUUGCUGCUUGUAUUGUUGAAUUUAAAUCAUCUAGUUGCUGUCCCUGCACUGUCCUAAUCCUUCUGCUGUAAAUGGGAGAAUUUCGGCAGCAUUAAGUUAUGUUUUAAGCUUGGUUUAGGUAGAGGAAUUAGCUUGAUUGCUGCUGUGAGGUUUUAUAUGAAAAUCCCGUGAGAUUAGUUAUUGUUUUGCCAAUUUUGGAAGUUGAAGUUACUGUUCACACACCGGGCCAACAAUUAACGGGGAUUUAGAUGUCUAGUUUGUAAUAUAAGAACAAAUUUGGAGAUGUCUGGUCAUGUGGAGACUGAUAGAAAUAAUAUCGUGAUUAGGGGUAGUGCUAAUGAUGAUUUCACUGUGAAUUUGUGGUAGUGCGGUAUUAAUUCUUGGAAUAUUGUGAUUAGGUUUUAAUCGUUCUGCCACCGUAGCACUUGGGUUAAGCCUUCUGUUCUGUGCGAGUGAGGUAAUGGCAAGGUUUAAAUUGAUUUUAUUAGCAUCUGAGUGUGAUUCAACUAAAAUGAAAAUUUUGAUGAUUUUUGUGAUAAUUAUUAUUUUUUGGAAUUGAGCAUGAUUGAAAUGAAAAUGAGAAUUUCAUUGUUUUUCUGGAGUAGAGCAUGCCUAUUUGGAAUUGAUUGAACUGGCUUGAUGAACUGAGAAUUUUGUAAAUGCUGAGUUUUUCUGUUAAAUCCACGCUCACAUGGAAAUUUUUCGGUUAUUUAUGAAAUUUGAGAUUGAUUGUGAAUUACGGAUUUUUUUGUAAAUCUGCAUGGUUUUGUCUCUAAUAUAGUCAUGAUUACUGACGCCUACCAGUGGGAUGGGAGUUUGUUAAACACUGGUACCAUUACUGACGCUUGCCAGUGGGAGUUUGUUAAACACUGGUACUUCUGUAACCUUGCCAAUGGGGUUAAACAUUAGUUAUUUCUGACGCCUGCCAGUGGGAGUUGUUAAACACUGGUACUACUACUUUGCCCGCCAGUGGGAGGUUUAUAAACGCUGGCCAUAACC